GGUAAAGAGAUAAAUGAUACCGUUUUACUAAUAAUGACUAAUACUACUAAUUCGAUACUACUAAUAAUGAUAUCAAUGUGUCCAGCGUGGUGUGCAAUCUUAACCAGUCUGAGUGUUACACAUAUCUUUCAACGAGCGCAGUUGCUAGGGGCAGACUGUUGUUCUGGUGCCGCGGCGACCCCUAUCGUCCGGACACGCAUUACACAUCAGCUGUUGAACUGGGUACCAUUUGAUACACUGGAUGGAGGCGUUGUAACAUUAUGCGCCACCGCGAUGGACUACCUCCGUCAAUGAAAGUCGGAAUUCGGGAUUAUGAGACAACUGUAAAACAGAGACUAGUUUGUCUGUUUCUAUUUAAUUACAUAUAUAAUCUACAAGUGGGACUAGAGCGUGGUCUUUUUAAAUCAUAUGGCGUCUGGAUGCAGCCGAGAAGCUGCAUCGAGGUUUCUAACGGAGCGGGGAGGGAGCGUGAAAAACGAGGAUUCGCUUGAACAUUUUCGGCCAGGUCUGUCGAAUGAUCCUCCUGAUACAGCGCUGGUCAGCGAGCUAUUUCAGAUGAACCUGGACAACGCGGCCCUCGUGAAUCGGGACGAUGGGACCAGUUCCGCAUGCUUGGGAAAGGGAGACGCUCAUUCUGUGUGUUCCGGACCGAAAACUGUUGGCGAAUACGAUGGCAAUGAGAUCGCUGAUCGGGACCUCCAUGAUAUAGGCCGGGACAGUGAUCGUGCCCGUGUGUUUGCGAAGCAUCACCUGGAGCACGGCCUCGGCCCAUCGCCAAGUGACGACUUAAAUGAGAAUCUUAGAUCUAAGCGCAGAUUUCCGAAAUGUGCAGAAAAGACCGCAAACGAUGCCGCAGAACAGGAAAUAUCAGCUGUCCCAGCUUGCGGAAUCGACGCAGGGAAAGGGGAGGGAGCUGGUUCUCACGCUUCUUUACUGGAAACCUCUAGCGCGGCUCGGGAUGGUGAUGGUGCCCGCACAAGUUCUUUACUUAGUGUUACUCUCGCGGAGGAGUUGCCGGACAUGGGGAAUAAAAGCUCAAAGAAACCCACCAGCAUUAAAAGGAAAAGUUCGGAUAGUCGUGAUUCCGGCGGGAUCUCAGUUCCUCAGAUCGCCGUGGUCGCGGCGUCUCCUUUACCCCAGAAAACCGGCGUGACGGUUUCCCACUUACCCGAAAAUCGAAGAGAAGAUCAAAGCGCCAUGAGAGUCUCUAAUAAAACCAACUACCGGCAUAAUCUUGGCAGUGAACUGCAGCGUGCCGAAAGUGCGCUGGGAGUUGACUUGAGACCGUCCGCAGAAACGAAAGCGGAGGACGGUGAGUCCUGCUUGUCCAAGGGCGCGCCGCUGCGGCUCAGUAAACUGCGACGGUCAAAGCGAUCGCGGCGCGGUUCUCUGACCAGUGGCCCCUUCGCAGACUGCACCGAUGAAGGCCAGUCUGAUUCACGCAGCUUAAGCGGGAGUGACAGCAACACGCCGCGGAGCGGCCGUAAGAACUUUCUCCAGCUUAUGAUAAACAGCUCGCCGCAGGUUCGACGGAGCCUGGCGCAGAGGAACACUCCCCACCUUGGGGCCAGAGAUGCGGUGCGGGGCGACGGUGACCCUGGUGACGACGAGAGUGGCUCGGUGGCUCUGGACCCCUUGGAGCACCAAUGGAUGAUGUGUGCGUCCGAUGGAGAGUGGGACAGCCUUCACCUGCUGCUUUUACAGGACCCUAACCUUGUGAACAAGAAGGACUUUGUAACCGGGUUCACUUGCUUCCACUGGGCAGCCAAGCUGGGACGGCAAGAGCUACUAUCUCUACUGGUGAACUUCGGCAAACAGAAUGCUAUCCCAGUGAACAUCAAUGCCCGCUCUAGCGCCGGAUACACGCCUUUACACCUGGCCACUAUACACAACCACCCAGAGGUGGUCAAAUUUCUUGUGGGAGCGUGUGAGGCUAACGUGGAGGCCAGGGACUAUAGCGGCAGGAUGGCGUGGCAGUAUGUCUCACGCACUGCAUCCAAGAACAUGUAUGAUAUUCUGGGGGGAAUGCCAGGCUUCUGGUCUGUGAGUGGAGAGGGCGGAGCCAGUUGCAGGGCAGCGGCAAAAGUUCUCCCCUAUAACCUGGUGACUUUUGGGCCAUUCAGUUGCCUGAAUGAGCAAGUGUGCGAUGGCGAUGAUUUAGAGAAGCCAAAAUUAGUAAGCAGGAAGGCUUCUUUGAAAUCGCGGUUACCCAAGAUCCGGGUCAGGUCCAGGAUAGUCCACAGCACUUCAUUCAGAGACCCGGAGGAAGUGAGAGCAUCAGCCCGGAGCAUUGUGAGGUCAAGACCCAAAUCAAACAUCUUUGGGUGAAGUCAUAGCCUUUCCAUAAAAAAAAAAACAGAUACGGAUAUACAAGAUGACAUGACCACCUCUCAAACAUAAGUGGGGAAAAAAUAAUUGUGAAUACAUAGAUGCAAAUUUUUAAGUAGUGCCAAGAUAGACAAAUUUGUCAUUUUUAUAUGAAUGUUUGUUUUUUUCUAAGCGUAGAGCCAAGUUCUUGCAUUGGGAGAAGAUUAUCCAAGGUUGUAAUGCAAUAAUUACAACAGCUGUGAAAUUUGUACUCAAAGUAAAUUAUUAGUGAAGCUAUUUCAGGAAUUAAGCAUUGUUAAGCCUUUUUCUACUGCUUUCUGUAAUGUCCUGGUCUGUCCCUUAUCGAGGAAAUACAUUAAUACAUGUAGCUUAUAGUUACAGUGCCAAUUACAUGGUUUACCUGCUAAA